AUGGCGGCUGGAAAAGAACGUGCGGUCAUUGAACGCAGUUUAGUUUGCCUUUUGACAUCUUUACAUGGCUACAAGACAACUAUAGAACUAAGAAACGAGGACUACAUCGAAGGAACAAUAGACCACGUAGAUGGAUUCAUGAAUAUUACUAUUUCAGACGCAAAAUUCGUGACAAAUUCUGGAGAGGAAUUUCACUAUUCGAAGAUGGUCUUGGUCGGAGAAAAGAUUCGUUAUGUCCACAUUCCUGAUGAAAUUGAUAUGAGACAAGCUAUCGAACAGAAGCUUACAUCCAUUGAAAAUUCAAGGAAUAGGAAAAGCGAACGAAGAAAAGGAGGAAAGAGAAGACAGAACAUGUUAAAGUCUUGA